GUCAUCAAGGCGCGCCCGCAACUCUACAGCUGUGACCGCCGUAAGGCCUGUUGAGCCAUGUGCCAGGUGGGCGAGGACUACGUGGAUCCGCCGCCCCGGGAGUGCCCUCCGGCGCCCAGGCCCGGCCGUGGGCAGAAGUGCGUGAAGUGCAAGGAGGGCAAGCCGGUGGUGGCGGUCCGAGCUGGCGAUGCCUUUUGCAGGGACUGUUUCAAGGCCUUCUAUAUCCAUAAAUUCAGAGCCAUGCUGGGGAAGAACCGGCUCAUCUUUCCUGGCGAGAAGGUGCUCUUGGCGUGGUCUGGUGGGCCCUCGUCCAGCUCCAUGGUCUGGCAGGUCCUUGAGGGCCUGAGUCAACACUCUGCUAAGAGGCUGCGCUUUGUGCCAGGCGUUGUCUACGUAGACGAGGGUGCAGUCUGUGGCCAGAGCCUGGAGGACAGAGCAAAGACUCUGGCCGAGGUGCAGCAGAUUCUGUGCUCCAUCAGCUUCCCCUGGCAUGUAGUGUCCCUAGAAGAGGUGUUCAGCCUGCCGCCAUCAGUGCUGCGGUACUGCCCCCAGGACUUGGCUGGGACAGAGGGUGCCUACAAGGCGGCCGUGGACAGCUUCCUCCAGCAGCAGCAUGCACUGAGGGCUGAGGGGGCCAAAGACGUUUGUGGCCUGGCUCCGGGGGAGGAGGAACGGUGCUGGCGCCAGAGCCAGGACCCUCACGGCCCCCUGAGUCUGGCUGGGUCCCCUACUGCUGCCCAGACAGAGGCCUUGUGCAGACUAUUUGAGUCCGUGCGGACAUUGACGGCCAAGGAGGAGCUUUUGCAGAUGCUGCGGAGCCACCUGAUCCUGCAUGUAGCCCGAGCCCACAGCUACUCCAAGGUGAUGACUGGGGACAGCUGUACUCGCCUGGCCAUCAAACUCAUGACCAACCUGGCCCUGGGCCGAGGGGCCUUCCUUGCCUGGGAUACGGGCUUCUCAGACGAGCGUUAUGGGGAUGUGGUGGUGGUACGGCCCAUGAGGGACCAUACACUAAAGGAGGUGGCUUUUUACAACCGCCUGUUUGCUGUCCCCUCGGUCUUCACGCCAGCUGUGGACACUAAGGCCCCUGAGAAGGCCAGCAUCCACCGGCUGAUGGAGGCCUUUGUCCACAGGCUGCAGGCCCAGUUUCCCUCCACAGUCAGCACUGUGUACAGGACGAGUGAGAAGCUGGCCAAGGCACCCAGGGAGAGCUGUGCGGAAGGGCCUCAGGGCCCUCGCUGCCUCCUCUGCCUGUGCACCCUGGACAUCGAUGCUGCUGACAGUGCCACAGCUUUUGGGGUUCAGACAUCAGCUCUCUCCCAGAUGCCACCAUCCACCCUGCAGGCUGAGGCUGGGAUACCCACUACACCCUGCAGUGCUGUGGGCGGUGGCCCAGGCUGCUGUGGGAAAGCUUGUGGGAGGGAAGGUGACAGCCAGCCCCAGGUCAUAAAGCAGCUAUGCUAUAGCUGCCGGGCGAACAUGAAGGAUCUGCCCUCCCUGGACCCUCUGCCCCCCUACAUCCUGGCCGAGGCCCAACUCCGCAGCCAGAGGGCCUGGGUCAUGCAGGACAUCCAGGAGUAUCUGAUCAAGGACAGUGCCGACGAGGCAGAGACCACUGAGAGCUGAGCCAGGACACACGUCU